GACGGCAUGCGGCAGUUCCUGACAUUCGUCCGGUUGAAGCUGCUGAAAACGUUGCCGCGCAAGAGGACGCUGCGCAUAGCGGUCACCUCCCACGGGGGCUUCAUCGCCAGCAAUUUCCGCCAGAGCCAGAACGACGGCCUCUGCCUCGAGGGCCUCGAGUGGGGCGCGUGGGGCGCGUCCGUCGCCAACGGCCAAGUUUUCCGACUGGACUACCAGAUCGGGGACGACGGGCUGAAGCCCCUCAGCUGCCGCGCGGUCCAUCCCGGGUCGAGGGGCAGCGACCUUUGCGCGCACGACGUCGAGAGCUGCAGGCUCGGCGGCAAGCCGCUCAGCAUCGGGGCCGACGGCGCCAGCUGCUGCACGCCGAAGGUCAGGCAGGAGGGCGAGAGGUGCGGCAUGUGGGGCAGCCCCGCCUCCUACGAGGGCGAGUGC